ACUGCCUCUUAUAUAAAGCCGUCGCUGACAAUCUCAUAGGAGACUCGAGAGAGUCCUAAACUUUCAAAACUAGUGAUUAUCUUCGAGUCAUGUCAUGUUAGCGUUUAGGGGUUUUGUGUGUCUAUCCACAUGUUUUCUGCUUCUAUAUAAACCCUAACGCUCUCGAUACUCUAGUUGUUGUGUAAGUAGGUGUUGUUUUGUGUCUAUGUUUCUUCGUUAGCUCAGAUUGAGGAAAGUGAUGAUAAGGAAUUGUCGCCCCAGGCUUAAUCUGCAUCCAUUACGAUGGUUGUAACAUGUUCAUGUAAGCGUGGUUACUUCAGAAAGUGAAGAGCAUUGCUUGGACUUCAAUGGGAUUUACAUUGGUAUUUACUGGAUUGUCAGAGUCCGCCCAAGUGCUUAUUGGACUAUCUGGAGUUACUCCUAUCUGUAUCAUGAAUUCUUAUGUAAUUUUUCUGUGACGUGUAAUGAUUAUUGUUCCACUGAUAUUAAAAGAUGAUGACAGAGUUAUUACCCUUUUGAACCUUGUUGGUAUAUAAGUUAACUUCACUGUCCGGAAUCUAUACUCUUUUGUUUGGACCCGAAAUUUACAUGUGACAAUUAAGUUUGAGCAAAUGAAAU